UUCUGAUGCUUGCCAGAAAAUACACCAGUCUUAUUGCUCUCAGCAGCAUUGGCAUGUGCCAGUCCCGUACCACAGAACCAACACUCCACAAUGUCCAACGGCACCAUGAACCAACUGACGCCGGCGCCCGAUGCGUGGAACUUCGCGCCGGACGAGGCCCUCCUCGGCCUGUCGGCGCUGUCGGUGCGCUCCGUGCUGGGCAGCAUCAAGGCCGGGAUGGACCCGAGCGACGACCGCCCGGUGAUCCCGCUCGGGCACGGCGACCCUUCGGCCUUCCCGUGCUUCCGCACCGCGCCGGAGGCCGUGGAAGCCGUCUCCGCCGCGCUCCACUCGGGGGAGCACAACUCCUACCCCACCGGCGUCGGCCUGGAGCCGGCGCGGCGCUCCAUCGCGCGUCACCUGUCCCUCGACCUCCCCUACGAGCUCUCCCCCGACGACGUCUACCUCACGAGCGGCUGCUCCCAGGCCAUCGAGAUCGUCUGCUCCGUGCUCGCCGGCCGUCCCGGCGCACACAACAUCCUGCUCCCGCGGCCCGGUUACCUGUUCUACGAGGCGCGCGCCGCGUUCAACGGCAUGGAGGCCCGCUACUUCGACCUCCUCCCGGACAGCGACUGGGAGGCGGACCUCGACGCCGUGGAGGCCCUCGCCGACGGGAACACCGUCGCCAUGGUCCUCGUCAACCCCGGCAACGUCUACAGCUACGACCAUCUCGCCAAGGUCGCCGAGACAGCGAGGAAGCUUGGCAUCUUCGUCAUCGCUGACGAGGUGUACGCGCACCUGACGUUCGGGAAGAAGCGGUUCGUCCCGAUGGGCGUGUUUGGCUCCGUGGCUCCGGUGCUCACCCUGGGAUCCAUCUCCAAGAGAUGGGUGGUGCCUGGAUGGCGGCUUGGAUGGAUCGUCACCAAUGAUCCUAAUGGCGUAUUUCGCAGGACCAAGCUUGUGGAAAGCAUUAAGAGUUACCUUGACAUCUCCUGUGAUCCUGCGACAUUUGUUCAGGGAGCAAUCCCAGAACUGCUGGAGAACACAAAGCAAGAAUUCUUCGACAAGACCGUGGACAUUCUCAGGCAAACCGCAGAUAUAUGCUGGGAGAAGCUCAAGGGCAUCAGUGGCAUCACUUGCCCAAGCAAACCGGAGGGCUCCAUGUUUGUAAUGGUGAAAUUGGAUUUGUCCUGCCUUCAGAACAUCAAAGAUGACAUGGACUUCUGCUGCAAGCUGGCAAAAGAGGAGUCAGUGGUUGUUUUGCCAGGAUGUGCUGUGGGAUACAAGAAUUGGGUCCGGAUCACGUUCGCAAUCAGACCGUCUUCUCUCGAAGAUGGCCUUGCUAGGCUCAAGUCCUUCUGCUAGCGACACAGCGAGACUAAUAAGUGACACAGUGAGCUCACAAGUUCCCUGCAAGAUGAGGCGCCUGCUUUCCUACAAAUAACCACUAUGUAUGUCCAAAGUUCAGCAGGAGCUACCUGAAGGAUUCAACACUCUCAUGAGAGGUGAAAUAUUUGAUGCAAUAUUUAUGACUUCUUUGUCUAGCCAACAUAUGAGAUGUUACAAUUCUUGUUGUAACAUCAAGUAUGUGUAGGUGACAAUUGUACGGAAUCUAUAGUUUGGAACACUAUUAUACUAUUGAAUAAAAGUGAGACUUGAUGUUAA